GGCCCCGGCUCGUCCCGCGGCGGCCCCGCUGUUGUGUAACGUGAGCCUGGACAGCCCCGCCGAGGAGCGGUGGCUGCCGGUGCUGCGGCACUUCGAUCCCGCUUUCCUGCGAGCCGCCGUCGCACGGGUCAUCGAUGAAAGCGUACCAAAAUGGGUCCAUGAAGUUAUUCGGCUGAUAGCAGCAGAAUUGGAGUUCUUUAUGCCGCAGCCCUUUGUGGGGGAAAUUCUGGGAAUGUGCAAAGCACUGGGAAUAAGUCUUGGGGAUGGUGUCCUGCUUAAUUUCGCCUAUGAAUCUACUGCGUUCUGUACUAGUAUUGUCGCUCAGGAUGACAAGGGAAACAUCUACCACGGUCGGAACUUGGAUUACGAUUUUGUGGAUAUAUUAAGCAAGAUUACAAUUGAUGUACGGUUUAUAAAAAGUGGGCAGAUAGCAUAUCAAGGCACCACGUUUCUUGGUUAUGUAGGCUUAUGGACUGGACAAAGUCCACACAAGUUCACAAUCUCCGGUGAUGAACGAGCGGGUGGUAGAUGGUGGGAAAAUGCAAUAGCAGCUUUUCUGAAUCGGAAUUACCCUGUCAGCUGGCUUGUCAGAGACACCCUGAGCAGAGCAGAGGACUUUCAGUCAGCUGUUCUCAGACUAGCUGGCAUCCCCAUCAUUGCUGAAGUUUACUAUAUUGUAGGAGGUGUAUCACCCAAAGAAGGCAUGGUCAUAACGAGGAAUAGAAGAGGGCCAGCAGAUCUCUGGCCUCUCGAUCCUUUAAGUGGAGCGUGGUUUCGUGUGGAGACAAACUAUGACCAUUGGACUACCCCUCCUCCUUUUGACGAUCGAAGAACUGCAGCCAUCAAAGCUCUCAAUGCUACCGGACAGCAGAACAUCAAUUUUGAUACGCUCUUUAAGGUGUUGUCAGUGAAGCCAGUCUUAAACAAUAACACAGUGUAUACCACAGUAAUGAGCGCUGCACUUCCAGAUAAGUACCAGACAUGGAUCAGAACUGUGGAGUGAAGCAGUAGUGAAUGAGUGAAAAGCUGAAGCUUUCCAAGACCGGCACAUGCUUUUAAAAUCAGUCUCACAAGCAGUAGAGUUGUUUUGGCUUAUUAAUUAUGUGAACCACUCAGGAAAUAAUAACAACUUGUUUAUUCUUUGAAAUGUUGCAGAUGCUACUGUUAAUGAACUGUAAUGGAAGUUUGAUUUUUAUUGUAAUUAUGUUGAUGUUCUAGCAGAUGUUGAUGGCUAAAAAUUGCUUUUACUGUUUUUGGAAAGAGCUGUGCAAUUUGAAUGUACUUAUGUGCUGACUAAUAAAUAAGAAUUUCAUAUAUUUUGCAUGACCUGUAGAUCUGACUUAAGUAAAUAAAAAUAUGCAGCUGAUGGCUUGAUUUAUGAAGACCUGUGGUGUUAUUCCUAAUGUCAUCAUGCUUUUCCCUGAUCUGUGAGGGUCUUGUGAUCAUGAGCAGGGUCAGAUGCAGCAGUUAGCUGCGUGCAUAGCUGUACACUACGGUGAUUUUAUUCAUCAAAAAUCAGGAGGUGUGAUAAUACAGACUUUUCCCCCAACAGAUGGGAGAAGCUUGUGAUGGGAUAGCAGUGAGGUUAGAAAGGGGAUGGUUUUCCUUUUCUAUAUUUUAAAGUUGUCUUCAAUAGAAAGUUUACAACUAAUUUCUAUAGCGCUGAGGAGUGGGGUUUUUUGUUUGUCGGGUUGUGCUGUGACCGCAUGUUGAAUUCAGGCACUUCCUGGGAGCACCCCAGAAAUACUGAAGGGUUUAACAAGUAGAGACCAGUGGAUACCUUCACGUAAAGCUUAGAAGUCCCAUUCUCCACUGGACAAACUUCCUGCUAAUGCCAGUGAGAAUUUUACCUGAGAGAAGAAGGUGUGAUCAGAGUGUUAGGUCAGAGCACCACUUCCACAUACGUGCAAUGUCACCUCCAGUAUUUGUGCACCAGUUAUGCAAACCAUUCCUGAGAGAGCUUUCUGGAGAUGUGGGCCCUUUAUCUCCUUGUGCUGAGUCUGGCUAAGUGUUAAUAACCUACUUACCUGCAUCCUCUACUACUGCCUGGAUAAAUGUGCUGCAAGCUUUGCCUUGACCCAGUUUGUACAAUGAUGUUAGCAGUCAUAUGCCGGAAUGAUAAAUUUGAAAACCAGAGUGUUCCGGGAGGAAGAUUUAAAUAACAGCAAUCAC